GCCGAGUCAGUGCGCUACCGACUGCGACAUCAUUCCGAUCGAGACGAUCUUCAGUUUCAAUUUCACUUGCUCAGUUCACUUUUGCUUGCGUUUACGUCGUUUACGAAAAACGCGCCACUUGCGACACACCAACCCAGACCAGCUCGAUAGACAUCGCAUAUUAUAUUAUACAUUAUUAUAAUAUAGCAACGACAUACGAAAUUAAAUUUCACGUUUAUUGCAGAGUUUUCGAGAAUAAUUUCAUAAGUCGAAAUACAAGUGAAACAAUUUCUUGGGAGUGAUAACCUAGUCUAGUCAAUAUGAAAUACUUAAGUGUCGUGUGUGCUCUCUGUGUGUUGGUUGCUCUUACGAAUGGCGCGCCUAUGCCACAAAAUGAUCAGGAUAAUGGAGUGGACACGCGCGCUCAGACGACGCAAAUCGUCAACGGAAUUAAUAAUAAAAUUAAACUGCUUCGCCAGUAUUGUCCGCAACUCUUUCAGGUGAUAGAUAACGUAAUACAGAACGUGACCAGCACGGCGUUUAGAGUGAUCGGACGAGUGGUGCUGCAGAGCGGCGCGCUUGGCAUUGGCGGCGGAGGAGGUGGCGGCGGCGGUAGCAGCUCGGGUGGGUCUCGGGUCAGCGUCGUCCUGCCGACGUUUGGUCCCGAUGACGACGACUAUGACGACGAAGAGGAGGAGUCGAACAAUCUUGUGGCGAGCAGCAGUACUACUGAGUCUCCGGCAAGCGAAACGCGAUCAAAGCGCGAAACAGCCGAAAGGACGAUAAGAGCAGCCGAAGACGCAAAGGCCAGCGAUCAGGAAUCAGCCGCCUCCGGCGGUAAUGCGUUGAACCCCUCUGAUGAUCUGUCUAAUGUGGAGGCGGACGACGCGGACCGCGACAAGCGCUUCUUGCCCUUCGGUGGUAGCUUUGGCGCGUCCGCCUCCGCGGGCGGCUCGGCCGGCGGCUCCGGCAACUUCCUCUUCGAUAUUAUUCGGUUGGUUGCUGGUUCGGGCGCUACCGAGGAAUCCGACGAGAAGGACAACGCACCGGCCGGUCCGGGCGGCGUGGUUGAGAUCGACGUCGCCAAGGGUUCCACUGAGGGUAUUCCCGGCCCCAUCACUCGUCUCUUCGUACUCGCAAACCGAGGCAUCGCCAAUCUCAUUCAAGACCUGAUCUUGCGCAUAGCCUCCACGAGCGAAAGGAUUGUCAACUUCAAGGCGAGAUUGAUAACCGCCCUGAUCUAAGUUCCAACAACCUAGCAUCCAUCGAAGUCAAUCAGUCACCUCUCAUCGGCAUCAUCGAGCGCGUGCGCCACCACCGCCCUCUAUCGUCUAAUAGCCUCCAUAAAAGGCACGGAACCCACCGCCAACGGACGACGUCAUCGCGCGCUCGCUGAUGAUCGCUCGCUCCGUCUUCCAAUGUGCACGUGCUGGCAAUUCAUCGGCAUUCGCAUCGACAUCCAUUGACCAUCCGUCCUAAAUAACUACUACUUAAUUAAGACUUGCUUAGGCGUUGGAUAUGUACAUAGAUUAACGCGCGGCGUUUGCCUGUUUUCUUCAUCUUUUUUGUCUUUUUGAUGAAAAUGGGAAAGACGCCGAUAUCACGAAGUUGCUUAUAAAUGAAAGUGCGAGAGGAUGUGCAGGAGCGCCCACUACCUACUAGGAUAGCCGUUAUCACCGAUAGCACAAACAUCAGCUAUGAGCACGAAUUAGCUUAUCACCUGCCUUAAUAUCACUACAACUUAUGUUAUUUUCUCUUUUUCUUUUCUCGUUCCUCCGGUAUUUCUUCACUUUUACUUUCUACUAUAUUGUCGUAAUUGUAAUAAUUUAAUUAGUGACAUUUUUUGUAAAUACGCUCUUCUUUUCACCACAUUAGAAACUUGCCAUCGAUGAAUUGACAUUCAUAGAAAGAGCUCAGCAGCAAGAGAACUAAAGAAUCUAAGAUAAAAUCAUCUACAAAGAGGAUUUCUAUGUUAUUCAGGGUUUUGGUGUUUUUACGAUUAAUCGCUGUGGAUGAUUUUAUGUUUUCUACUUAGCUCGUUCGUAUAACAAAUUCUUUUAGGGAAAUUUAUUAUAUUUUUUAUUUAAAACGUUUGGAAAAUUUGAACACUAUCAUUGGCGGACAAAAUCGUACAAUAAUUGUUUAUGAAUUAUGAAACUGAACGAUUGCUCAUUCAACCGUAUUAUGUAUUAUGUUGGUUUCUUUUCUGAUUUGUGUGUGCGUACACGUUGUAACUGUAUAUAUCUAUAAGUGAUGUGUUUUACUAUUACUUUUUCUUUUUUUACGAAUCAUAAGAUUAGCAAGCGCAACAUUAGCAAGCAAGAGUAAUAAGAAGCUAAACAAAACUAAGCAAUGCCAAGAAGGCUGAAGCUAUGCUAUGAAACUUUUUUGUAGCUGUGUGAAGGCUGUAUGCAAGCAAACAUGCAAAUGAAAGAAAAAAAUGGUGUAGAUAAUAUUUAUAGACAUUUUGUAAUUUUAGAACUUUGUAAAUAAACACUAAAUUUAAA